AUGGGCCGAUGCGCGUACAAAGACGGGCGCGGGCGAAUGCGAGAGUGCGGCCCAAAUCUGUCUGAAUGUGGUGGUGGGGGUGGGCAGGCGGUGUUUGGGUUGAGGGGGAGUGGGGUGGUGGAGUGGCAUCGGACGGGGGAGAGCGGGCGGUCAUUUUUGGUGUUGAGGGUGGAGAGUUUGUUGAGGAGGAAGGGGUUGGAGGGUGGUGGUGGUGAUGAGGAUGCUGGUGCUGGUGAUAACCCAAACCCCGAGUUGACGGGGUUGCUGCGCCGGUGCAAUGCCGUGGUGAAGCGGUACGGGCAGCCGGGGCUCUACGAGUGGGCCGAGGCCGAGGAUGGGCGGGCCAACGGCGGGAGACGGGUCGGCGAGGCGUUUCAUGUGUCGAUUGCGUGGUCGUUUGCCGAGCCUAGGUACGAGCUGGUGAGGGCGACGGAGCGGGUGUUUGGUGGGCGGGAUAUACAACAGAAGCUUCGGGAAGUGCAGAUUCCCGUCGAGGCCAUCAAGGUCAAGAUCGGGAAUGGGAUCACAAACGUGGCCCUUCGGCGGCCGGGGGCGAGAGCGGGCAGAGAGGGAGCAAGAAACUUGCUUGGGCUAUGA